UCAAAGCCAACGGGCUCAAAGCAAAGAUACGAUGAUAAUUUACUUAAAUUAACCCAAUCCAUCCAUUAAAAGGUAUUAAAGGAACGAAAACGGACGCAAAAAACAAAAAAAAAAAAGAAACAAAACCGAGCGUGCAAACAGAAUGCCAGAAGUGAGAGACAAGUAAACGAGGCAAGAAGUGUAAAAGUCAAGUGAAAAAGAUGUCAAAGUAAAGCGAUAAGCAGACACGGGAUCUGGAUCUUUAGAUACGCUGCGCAUAGUAGUGAAGUGUUUGAAAACAAGAGCAACAGCAGCAACAAAAACAAUACACGUAUUAGCUAACAAACAAAAUAAUUCUACAAAAAAGUGGACGAACGGUAAAGGUUAACGGCGUCAAAGCAGAGGCAGAGUGCCGUUAACCGUUGUAGAGAGAAGGUUGCGCAGAGAGACAAGGUUGUAGAGGUGGUCGAACAGAGAGGCAAAGCUUGAAAGCGGAAGCUGAUGCUGACGCUGAUUGACAGCGCACAACCAGCGGAAGCAGUCAUAUGAUCCGCAAAAUGAAGGGAUUAAGUUUUUGUCAAAAAGCAAACAAGCGACGAAAAAACGUUGAAACCAACGACCAAACACCAAGAGGCAACACAGCAUUGCCAACACGCGCGGCUUGCACCAACCAUAACAACAACAAAGUGAACAAACUGAAAAUAUGCAAAACGACAACCAUAACACAAACACAUAACGUUAACGCCGAACACCAGCUGACAACGCCAUUAAUAUGUCGAAACAAUAACAAGAAAAACAGCUGCAACAGCGUAGGUAGCCAACGGCGCUACUGCAGCAACGGCAGCAACAAUUCAACAACACCACCGCCCACAUUCAACCAACACCACAACCACCAACACCAGCAUUGCCUCGCCCCGGGCCAGCUGACGUACAAAAUGCCAUUGCCACUGCUGUCGAUAUGCAAGACAACAACAACUACAACAGCCGUAGAUGUGUCCGCGGACCAGCAGCAACUACAACAACAACGGCAGCAGCAGCACGAGCAGCUGGAAAGAGUUCAAAAUUGUUGCCUUGCCCGUUGCAAAGAGCAACAACGUCAGCGAAAAGCAACAACAACAUACGCACCCACCAAACUCACCCAAACCCAUCGCCAACACCUAAGCCAACAACCAGCAACCACUCACGCAUUGUCUUGCUUCAGCAAAUCUUUGGAAACUUUGUCAUUGCGCGCACUGCUGUCUCGCCAUCAUCAGCUCUUCCAUUUCCAGCAACACCUACAACAGCUGCACCUCCACCUCCAUUUUCACUUUGGCAUCGCCGUCAUUGUGCUGGCCUCCAUUUUAAUGUAUUCAUGCCCAUGCGCGUCGGCCUUGCGUCUCACAAAUGGCGGCAAUACUAAAACUUUAUCCGCUAAUAAGGAGCAAUUAAAUAUUGGCCUAAUUGCACCGCACACAAAUUUUGGCAAACGUGAAUAUUUACGCGCCAUUAACACAGCCGUACAGGGUUUGGCGAAGACACGCGGUGCCAAGCUGACGUUCCUGAAAGACUAUUCAUUUGAACCGCGUAAUAUACAUUUUGAUAUGAUGUCGCUGACGCCGAGUCCGACAGCCAUAUUGAGUACACUCUGCAAAGAGUUCUUACAAGCGAAUGUCUCUGCCAUACUAUAUAUGAUGAAUAAUGAACAAUUCGGUCAUAGCACUGCCUCUGCUCAAUAUUUUCUACAACUGGCCGGCUAUCUUGGCAUACCGGUAAUCUCAUGGAAUGCCGACAACUCGGGCCUGGAGAGACGCGCCUCUCAAUCGACACUUCAACUUCAGUUAGCUCCAAGUAUAGAACAUCAAAGUGCUGCUAUGUUGAGCAUUCUAGAGCGUUACAAAUGGCAUCAAUUUUCGGUUGUCACCUCUCAGAUAGCUGGACACGAUGAUUUUGUACAGGCUGUAAGGGAGCGUGUCGCCGAAAUGCAAGACCAUUUCAAAUUCACGAUACUCAAUUCGAUUGUGGUAACGCGCACCAGCGACUUGAUGGAAUUAGUGAAUAGCGAGGCUAGAGUGAUGCUCCUCUAUGCCACACAAAGCGAAGCGGUUACUAUUCUUAGAGCUGCUGAAGAAAUGAAGUUAACUGGCGAAAAUUAUGUGUGGGUCGUCAGUCAAUCGGUUAUCGAGAAGAAGGAUGCACAAACACAAUUUCCCAUUGGUAUGUUGGGUGUACACUUCGACACAAGUAGUGCGGCGCUGAUGAACGAAAUAUCCAAUGCGAUUAAAAUUUAUGCGUUCGGCGUUGAAGCAUACCUCACAGAUCCGGCUAAUCGGGGGCGACGUCUCACAACACAAUCACUUUCAUGUGAGGAUGAGGGACGUGGACGUUGGGAUAACGGUGAAAUCUUCUUCCGUUAUUUGCGCAACGUAUCCAUAGAGGGUGAUCUGAAUAAACCCAAUAUAGAAUUCACUGCCGAUGGCGAUCUCAAAUCUGCUGAAUUGAAAAUCAUGAAUUUACGUCCUGGAGCAAACAAUAAGAAUCUCGUUUGGGAAGAGAUUGGCGUGUGGAAGUCAUGGGAGACGCAAAAGCUUGAUAUACGUGACAUUGCCUGGCCGGGUAACUCGCAUGCUCCACCACAGGGUGUACCCGAAAAAUUCCAUUUAAAGAUAACAUUCCUCGAAGAGGCACCCUAUAUCAAUCUCUCGCCCGCCGACCCAAUCAGUGGCAAAUGUCUAAUGGAUCGCGGCGUCCUUUGUCGGGUCGCGGCCGAUCACGAGAUGGCCGCUGACAUCGAUGUCGGGCAAGCGCAUCGCAAUGAAUCGUUCUAUCAGUGUUGUAGUGGCUUUUGCAUCGAUCUACUGGAAAAAUUUGCCGAAGAAUUGGGUUUCACAUACGAAUUGGUGCGGGUCGAAGAUGGUAAAUGGGGUACACUUGAGAAUGGUAAAUGGAAUGGGCUGAUUGCGGAUUUGGUAAAUCGUAAAACCGACAUGGUAUUGACAUCGCUGAUGAUCAAUACCGAACGCGAAGCUGUGGUGGACUUCAGUGAGCCAUUCAUGGAAACUGGUAUUGCGAUAGUAGUGGCUAAGCGUACGGGUAUUAUAUCACCAACAGCUUUUCUAGAACCAUUCGAUACCGCCUCUUGGAUGCUGGUCGGCAUUGUGGCGAUACAUGCUGCCACAUUUAUGAUCUUCCUUUUCGAAUGGCUUUCGCCAAGCGGUUACAAUAUGAAACUCUAUCUACAAAAUGCUAGUGUAACGCCAUACCGUUUCUCACUUUGCCGCACCUAUUGGCUAGUGUGGGCGGUACUCUUUCAGGCUGCUGUACAUGUGGACUCACCGCGCGGUUUCACCUCACGAUUCAUGACGAACGUGUGGGCUCUAUUCGCUGUGGUCUUCUUGGCCAUCUACACUGCUAACUUGGCUGCCUUCAUGAUAACGCGAGAGGAAUUUCAUGAAUUCAGCGGUCUGAACGACAGCCGUUUGGUACAUCCCUACUCGCACAAACCCUCAUUUAAGUUCGGUACAAUACCGUACAGUCAUACCGACUCGACUAUACACAAAUAUUUUAAGGAUAUGCAUCACUACAUGAGACAAUACAACAAAACUAGCGUCGCUGAAGGCGUAGCCGCCGUACUCAAUGGCAAUCUCGACUCGUUCAUCUAUGAUGGCACUGUGCUCGAUUAUUUGGUGGCACAAGAUGAGGACUGCCGUUUAAUGACCGUCGGCAGCUGGUAUGCCAUGACAGGCUAUGGUCUCGCCUUUAGUCGCAAUUCAAAAUACGUCCAAAUGUUCAACAAACGUCUAUUAGAAUUUCGCGCCAAUGGCGAUUUGGAGCGUCUACGUCGUUACUGGAUGACGGGCACAUGUCGUCCGGGCAAGCAAGAGCAUAAAUCCUCCGAUCCACUUGCGCUAGAACAGUUCUUAUCCGCUUUCCUACUACUUAUGGCUGGUAUUCUAUUUGCCGCAUUACUAUUGCUGCUCGAACACAUCUAUUUCAAGUAUGUACGAAAACGUUUAGCCAAAAAAGAUGGCUGUCAUUGUUGUGCACUGUUGUCACUGUCAAUGGGCAAAGCGUUGACAUUUCGCGGUGCAGUUUUUGAGGCAACAGAAAUACUGAAAAAGCAUCGCUGCAAUGAUCCCAUUUGUGAUACACAUCUGUGGAAAGUGAAGCAUGAAUUGGAUAUGUCACGUUUGCGUGUACGACAAUUGGAGAAAGCGUUGGAUCAGCAUGGCAUUAAGCCGCCGCAAUUGAGAUUGACGUCAUCUACGGAUAUGUUGAAUCAUCAUCAUCUGAAAGAAAGGCCACCGUUGUUAGGCAACUUGAGUUUAGCUGCGAGUGCACAAGAUUUAUACAGGUGGUCUUACAAAACGGAAAUUGCGGAAAUGGAGACGGUGCUGUAAGAGACCACACACCGCAACAAAUACCACCGCACGCCACCACAUGCCAACAACAUUGACACCACCAAUAUACAUACAUACAUGUAGGAACUGGGCGACCGCCAUCACCACACAAGACGCGCUGCCUGAAGAUGAGCCACCACGAAUUAAUGCUUCAAAGCGAAUGAGUGAUGCUGCCUGUCUGUCUUACUGCCUUGCUGACUUCUAGCCAAUAACUCCAAGGCUCGCGGAAGCAAUAGAUUUCAGUAGGAAAUGAGCACGAAUGCUAAUAACGGUGUGAUGUUUGAAUCCCACAUAAAAAGUGUUUAGGAAAUAUCAGGUGGCAAACAGCAAAGCGCAACGAACAGAAGGCAGUGAGGGGCGCUGCUAUUGAUGAAGCGAAAUCUUGCUCGUUUUGCAAGGACCCACAGCAAUAAGUUAACAAUGCCAGCAACAGUUGUAAAGAGUAAUGCACACACACUUGUAUAUACAUACAUCUAUUUGUGUGUAUA